AUGGCUAUGGGGUGGCUAGCCAACGCCGUAUUAGAUGCGGAGGAGGACGAGGACGCGGUAGCUGAGCUAAUGGUGAAUCGGAGACAACUGCGGGACGAACAGAACCCGUUUGAACUUCCUGAAGUUCAAUUUCAGCAACUAUUCCGGCUUUCCAGGGAGUUGGCUAGCGAUCUAGUCAACCACCUUCGACCGCAUCUCGAAAGGGAUCGAUCCAACGGGUUGUCGGUUGAGUGCCAAGUCCUUUGCGCGGUACGCUUCUAUGCCGUUGGUUCAUACCAGCGUGCUAUAGGGAAAGAUUUCAUGGUGGCGAUUAGCCAAACUGGUUAG